CAAAUGAUCUCGAUUAUUUGACGUCAAUAAAGAUCUUUCCUCUGCCAGGUGUCGCCUCCCACGCCCUUGUCCGACUUCAUGCACGAGUCUCAGCCCAUUUCUGUACUAGAUUAUCCCAACAUGUUCGUCCCCGACUACACCGUCGACAGUGCUUCAACUUUCGACUCUCUCCAGUUCACCAACGUAGACACCCCAGUCAGUGUUAGCACAGCAUCAUUAUCAAUGUCUCCACCAUUUGGAAAUCCACCAUCCCGUCCCCCAAGUGUAUCGGACUCCUUUGGUAUAUACGACCAACCGCAGCAUCAUCACCAACAGCAUCCCUCUUCAACACUUCAAUUCAGCCGUGAACAGUGGAAUAUGGCUCUCCCGAUCCCUCGUUCAUCUGUAUACCCGGACCAGCAGAAAAUGAACAGGGUUGCACCUGACAGCUGUCCAGGCAGCAACAGACAGUCCAUGUCACCUGCGCAUGGGUACUCAGACCUUUCAAAACCACUGGACAUGCAUCUACAGAGUCUUGAUGGUCCAAUACCCACCUCCCAAGGCCAAUAUGGCCUCUCAGCGACCUCAUAUCCCCAGGCACCAUACUACACACCUGUCCCUUCACUACCAACCACACCUCCAUCAGCAAGCUCUCCAACCUUUUCGCGCUCUCAUGCGCACGCGCCUGCUCAUACUCACCAUCGCACCCCGUCAUCCAACUCUCCAUCUCCAACAGCUCUAAGCGAAGCUGACCUCCGCUCCAAGCCCCAAUGUUGGGACCACGGAUGUAACGGACGCUCUUUCUCGACCUUUAGCAACCUUCUGCGCCACCAGAGAGAAAAAGCCGGUCUUUCUGUUAAAGCCGAAUGCCCCUACUGCGGAGCCGCUUUUACCAGAUCUACAGCGCGGAAUGGCCACUUAGAACGAGGCCGGUGCAAGGCCAUGAGAGAGGAAUAA